AUGGAUGUAAAGUCUGGUGAAACAUUCCUCUUGCUUUCGUGUCGAAUAACUAACAAACAUGACAAAUUACUACACGAAGCAAACGAUUAUUUACUGAUACCCUCACCAGAAGAUCUGUCGCGGUUUGUUUGUUUGUUUUUUCUAUCUAUCUAUCUAUCUAUCUAUCUAUCUAUCUAUCUAUCUAUCCCAGAUUGUUCAUAUCUGUCUAUCUAUCUAUUCCAGCAUGUUCAUAUCUAUCUAUCUAUCUAUCUAUCUAUCUAUCUAUCUAUCUAUCUAUCUAUCUAUCUAUGUGGUGUAACCUUGGAUCCUAUCUAUCUAUCUCAGUUUUUUCACUAUUUAUCUAUCAAUUUCAUUCUGUUUACUAUCUAUCUAUCUAUCUAUCUAUCUAUCUAUCUAUCUAUCUAUCUAUCUAUCUAUGCCAUCCUGUUUAUAUGUAUCUAUCUGUCUAUCUAUAUUUUCUUUCAUUACCUUAUAUUUUUCUUAUAA